CCUCUGUUCACUAACCACUUCAUAUUUUUCAAACUUAACUCGGCGCCUUCCUCACUUAUCGCGUGAACUUCCCACAUCUCUCUCUCUCUCUCCCCCCACAAAAUCAAAAUUUUGAAACUCAAAUUCUUUUACUUCUCCAAUUCUCAUCUCACACUUCCCCAUACCAAAUCCUUCACCUCUCUUCUCAUCUUCAUCACAUUUCUACAACCCAGAAAAAUCAAAAACUUACAAAAAUGGGGUGUGUUUCUUCAACUUUACUAAACCAAGAUGAAGAUUUCCCUCAAAUUGGAAGCACAGCAUUUAAUCACCACUUUGUUUCUCUCACUUCCACCACUUAUGGCCUUCUUUCUCUUGACCCACCUCCUCCAUCUUCUUCCCCCAUGACUCCACCCACUCCUCUUCCUCGCUUCUCUCUCACUCCCGUCAAAUCUCUCUCCGUUGACUCUCCUACUGAAGUCAUCAACUCUUGGGAACUUAUGGCUGGUCUAGAUUCCACCCCUGAUAAUAUUACCCAAAACAAAAAUGAUGCAAGUUUUCGAUUUUCACCACAAGUUUCUCUCUCCAAUUCUAAACCAUCUACCCCUAAAUUCUUUCAUUCUAAACUUAAAGAGAAUUCAAACCCAAAUACUCGCGUUCGAAAACCCCUGCAAUUCUUACAGGACACACCAAAAUCUAUUGGUGUUUGUAAUUACAAAAUCGAGCAAUUUGAAAAAGUUUGCCCUCGUAAUGGUGAAAACAAACUAGUGAUUUACACUACUUCGUUGAGAGGAAUUCGGAAGACAUUCGAAGAAUGUAAUGCUGUUAGAUCAUUGUUUCAAGGAUUGGGUUUCGCGUUUUGUGAGCGAGAUAUUUCUAUGGAUCGCGGGUUAAGAGAUGAAGUGAAGGAAUUGUUAGCGCCAUUGAAAAAAGACCAAGUGUUGCCACCAUGUGUGUUUAUAAAAGGAAGGUAUAUUGGUGGAGCUGAUGAAGUGCUUAAGAUUCAUGAAGAAGGUGGACUAGCUCAGUUGCUUCAAGGCUUGCCGAGGAUCGAGGCGGGUGCUGUUUGUGAUGGGUGCGGAGAUGUUCGAUUCUUGCCGUGCUUUCGAUGUAAUGGUAGUUGUAAAUUGGUUAAGUUUGUAAAAGAGAUUGAUGAUGAUAAAGAGAUGGAUGAUAGUGAGAAUGGUUAUUGUAAUAGUAGUAGGAAAACUGUUGUUAUGAGAUGUCCAGAUUGUAAUGAGAAUGGUUUGGUGCUCUGCCCAAUUUGUAGUUGAAAUUUGAAAUUAUGAUUUUGUGAGUUGUAAUCUCAAAUCAUCUCAUUUGAGUUUUCUAACUAGUGCUAAUUUCCUA